AUGAAUCUUUCACCUACUCAACACCAUUACUUUAAGCGACAGUUGGUUACUCUCCAGCUAGAACAUGAAAUCAAUAUUCUGCGUGCCCAACCAGACCUGUCUCUUGUCCUGUCAACCGAAAAUGACACCCAGUUUCCGCUCUUGCGUCUUGUCUUUCAACACCUUAUUCUCAAAUUCCCUCUCUUGAAACAAGGCUCGGAAUUCUGGGACAAGGUCCAGGAAUUCCUCGACCAGUUCUGUAAGAUCGACCUCAAUACUUUUGCACCGAAACAAAACGAUGCCGCCCAACGUCGACUGAUGAUCAACAAGACUCAAAAGAUUCUGGUCAUUGCACUCUGUGCGGCAAUAAAAACCGGAAGUGAAGAAAGCAUCAAGAUUGACCCAAGAGAUCUCACACCACCGCCACCAUCAUUACCAUUAGUCACUCUUCCCGGUGCCACACUUGUAAUAGACAUCGUUGGUGUGCGGAUAGUCAAGACAAGACAUUCUCUUCGAGAAAAGAGCCAUGCAGAGUACAUUGUCCAGACCGACUACAAUGACAAACGAUAUAUCGUCUCCCGGCGCCACCGUCAAUUUGCUCACCUACGCAAUCAACUCAAAGCAUCCUUUCCUUCUCUGUCCUUACCCCAUACCCCACCAAACUUCCACGACACAUCUGCGCUUAUUCGGGAAAAGGAUCGUCUAUCACUAAGAUGCUACCUCCACUCAAUCGCACAAGAACCUGGCGUGGCCGUGUCCGACCCACUCCUGAUGUUCUUGACCACAGACACCUAUAGUCUUACCCAGGAGGACGAGCGAGAUCUCAAGAAACGAAAAGAGGUCGAUCUUCACCGAGCAGAAGAAGAACAAAAAUUUCAGGCACAGCUGGACGGAAAAGUCGAAGAGCUAGAAGCACUCCUGGAUAUGUUGAAAGCAAAGAUCAAGCAACCCGGGGGUCUCUUGUCAGUGUUUGAAGACAUCAAGGCUACAGAAAAGAUUGAGGAUCUUCCGGAGCCUUUACGUAAAGCACUCGAGUGGGGUCGAAUAAGUUUUGCUUUUGCUUUGCAUAAACAGCUUGUAAUGUCUGACGCUGCAACUGAGAAUUUGGCAAAUCUCAAACGGACUCAUGGGAUGAUGCCAUACCGUACAAUGGCAUUUAUGCUCAAACUAUCAAAUCCAAUGGCAAUGCUUAAAGGAGUCAUGGACUUAUUUUUAGCAAGGCCAUUUGGCACAAAGAGUUUAUUUCAGAGAAUGCUGUUGGCAAAUAUGCAAGAGGAAGCCAAGGGUGUGUCAAGGGACAUUGAUGAACUUGAAAAGAAAAUCAGUUGUCCUGCUUUAACUGAAAAACUCUACAAAGCUGUCCGCACACCUCUCUAUGGAUGUACUGAAGCAGAGUCUAGGUCAUCCUCUAAUCUCUUGACGGUUCUUCAAAACACAUCAUUUUUACCCUUAUUGUCAGACAAAGACCUUGCCUUGGUGUUUGGCGAUCCUGGCCUCCAAAAGAAACUUCAUCGUCUUUGGAGUCUUUAUGCUCGUCAGUACGAACACGACAUGAUGUCCGAACUUGUGUUUGAAGGCGUGACCGGCGAACUUAUCAAGCAGCUCUUUACAAUUUUCUAUCAACCAUUGGCUCAGGUCUACAAGGCCGCAGAUAUCGGAAGCUCACUUUACCACGUUUCUGCAUUUUUGGAUGAUCUUAUCGCCUUGAUGGCCGAGUUGGAGGAAGAACAGAAAGAAGGCCAGGAUUCUGCGAUCGAUAGCAUCCCACGGUUUAUCGACAUUGUGCAGUCCCACGAACAAAACUUUUAUGGAUUUGUCCACAAGGUGUACUCUCAAGACACAUCCUGUCUAUUUGACGACCUUUUGCACUAUGUGGACGGUUUGUUCGGGUUCAUGUCAGUCGGACUACCCGGAACGAUCGAUCUUAACACCGUGGUCGGAGCCGUCAACCUGUCAGAUUCAGAAAACAACCAACUGAUCGAAGAAAUCGAUGACUUGUGUGCCUAUCGACACUGGCAGAAAGUCAAGCAUCUCGAAAAGACCCGCAAUCAAUUGAUCGCUGCUGACAAGGAUCCACUUCAGGCCACCACGAAUCACCUUUCUUUCUUGAAUGGCUCCCAGCUUGAGGACGAGUUUCGGGAAAUGGAGUACGAGAGUGAGGGAGAGGGAGAGGGAGAGGGAGAAAGUCAAUCGACGGGAUCUGUCAGCCAGAGCAGUGAAGACACUAAUUCGACUGCGACGAGUAGUCAGGCAACAAGUAGCACCAAGUCUAGUGGGAUGGAGUUCCCUACUCUUGAAAUAAUCCCAAAAAUUGUACCUUAUUUUGUGGACAGUGUGUCCGCCAGCAUCUUUACUAUUUAA